AUGAAGGCUAUUGUUUCUUCCGGAAAGGCUUGGUUUUGUACUAUUUUAUCGGCAUUCGGGGUAGUCAUUCUUUCCGUAAUUGCUUAUCUAUUCAAUAAUAAUCACGAAUCAUUUGUCGGUUCCAUAAAUGAUCCUGAAGAUGGACCAGCAGUUGCACAUACUGUUUUCUUAGCUGCAUUAGUAUAUCUAAUAUUUUUUGUAUUUUGCGGAUUCCAAUUAUAUGUUGGUAGGAAAAAACCAUCUGUCCAACUUCAUUGA